UUACAGUACAGUAUGUAGCUGUUGUCCACACUAACAAGGCACUAUUUUGGAAGCACUUUGACAAACUAUCUGUUCCAUGUCAUUCGGUACGUCCGCAUCCAACUAGACGUUUCAGGCGCUCCAUUAGCUGUAAACCAGCACAGACAGAACCAGCCAGCCGUGAACCAGUAACGCUGGGCAAACUGAAAACACUAGCAGCUCCUUUUUAUAGCAUUUUCCUAUCUGGCAGCUGUAGAGGCUAACGUUUUAUUUUUCAUCCUUUGGCUGACGCUUCCAAAAUACAACCGAAAUAGCAACAACUUUCCGUCGUUAUUUUAGCAUUUUGUCAUUUCUGCAAACGUUAGCCAACUUUUUUUUCCCCCACUUCAAAACAAAGCUGCCCUCUUGACACAUUUUACUCGCUAGGGGGGGAAAAAAUCUUCAAAUUUUAUCUACAAGCCGAAUUUUCUUCGAAGACCUGUCAGUAUCUAACAGUUUCAUUUAGCUUGCAUUGAGGUUUUUAAGGAUUGUUUAGCUGUGUUAGCCCGCCGCUAGCUAGCUCCCACCGAGCCCUUUAAAUCAUCAUCUGGGUGCUCAACGAGGAAGAGAGCAGUUUCGGUAUUAAACUGACUGGUGCUUUAUGCUGCUGGACCUUUAACUUUUAAAUAUACCCAGUGAUCCACAGCGACCUGUGUCUCCCCCUCCUGCGCCCAUUCAAAAACAAAACAAAGGCUGACAUAACAACCAAAUCACCUGAGCGCUGAGAGGAAGAAUCUGGGGAAGGACCUUCAGCAGGUUGGAUACACUCCUGGAAUCCCUCUUCGGAUUGUUAUAAUAUUAGUGUUAUUGUUGAAAAUGGCGGCGAUCGGAAUGGUGCAGAUGUUGAUUGAAGCAGCCGAGUACCUCGAACGCAGGGAAAGAGAAGCUGAGCAUGGCUAUGCCUCUAUGCCACCCUUCAUCAGCAGCCGGGAGAGGGAAAGCCUCAAAAGGAAAAACAAGAGCAAGAAAAACAUAAGUAGCAGGUCUACACACAAUGAGAUGGAAAAGAACAGACGGGCACAUCUACGGCUGUGCCUGGAGCGCUUGAAAUCUCUCGUUCCUUUGGGACCAGAUGCCAACAGGCACACCACCCUCAGCCUGCUGAUGAAGGCCAAAGAACAUAUAAAGAGGCUAGAGGAGAGCGACAGGAGAGCUCAGCACACCUUGGAGCAGUUACAGCGGGAGCGGAGACACCUGAGGAGGCGCCUGGAGCAGCUGGGAGUGGAGCGGACCCGCAUGGACAGCACCGGCUCCACCCGCUCCUCGGACAAGUCCGACUCUGACCAGGAGGACCUGGACGUGGACGUGGAGGGGACGGACUACCUGCUGGGUGACCUGGAGUGGAGCACCAGCAGCGUGAGCGACUCGGGGGACGAGCGAGGCAGCCUGCGGAGCAGCUGCAGCGACGAGGGCUACUCCAGCGCCAGCCUGCAGCGCCUGCAGGACACUCAGGAGACGGCCAAGCAGCUGGCCUGCGGCCUAUAAACAGCCUGGACCGCCGAGCUGACACCCACCUCCACCUCCACCUCCACCCAAAAUCUACAUCUCACCACUUCUUCCUGCUCAGACCCUGCCCCCUCCACCUCGCCCCCUUCGUCCCACCCACCUGUCCUCUUCUCCUCUGCAGCUGACUUCCACUCAACUGCAGCAGCUCAGAGACCCCCAUGCACACUCAGCUUUUCUUCUUCUUCUUCUUCUCCUUCUUCUUCAUCAUCAGCGGUCAGUCUUAAGGGCGUUGCCCGUUCCGCUCCUCUCCGCUCUGUGCCAAUCAAACGAGUGGGAUUUGAAAGACACUCCGCCCCCUUUUCGCCUCUCCGUCCUCUAGAAACACAACUUUCAGCCAGAGAAUGUUACCACACAAUGUCCCACUGCCUCUUUUUCUACGCCUCAAGAGCCAUGGGAAGCACUUCUAAGAGAUUAUUCUCUUGUAUGACACACACACACACACACACACACACCCACACAUUUCCAUCUCUCCCAGUUGCAAGACCUCUCCUCGGUGACAUGGGGCCCGUUUUUUCUGCCCCUCUCGCCACUGAAACAUCAGUGCAUGGUACCUUACACUUGAAAUUGCUUUUGUAAAGAAAAACUGUCAUCUUUUUCAAUCGCCGUCUCUUGUAAAGCCCCGCCCCCUCCCAGAUGAAAUGAAUGUUUGUGAAACUUGUCAGUCGGCAGACUCUGCGGACGCUAAACCAGACCGACCGCACGCCGAGUUUAAACUAUCUGAGCCGGCAGCAAUACAUCCUGUGGUGACUGAAGCUUUAGCCGGCAGGCUCCUUUUGUGACUUUUUUUUUUUUUUUAAACGUCCACCUCUGCCAUUCGCGGCGAGAAGGGAAAAAACAAAACGAUGCGAGAUUGUGAAGAUGUUUGUGGGUUUCCGAUGGGUUCUGCCUCUCUCUGACGACGGUGGCGUUUUUACAGCGUUCCCCUUUUCCUCUCCCCGCCCCACGUAAAGGGGCGACGGCCACUAACCUGUUUUUUGUUUUUUUUUUCCUGCCAGGUGCUAGUACAUCAUUGUACGCUAAUCUGUCACUGCCCCAGCUGUUAACAGGAAGGGAAAAAGCCCAUCUACCUAAAAGCAGUCGAGAGACUUGAACACAUUCCACGACAUAAAGAGGAGAAGCUGGUGAGACUGAGAUUAUUUUUUUUGUGUGUGUUUUGAAAGUGGGCAGUCACAUUAAUUACAUGAAGGUUAAGUUUGGGUCAGGAUAGGGUGGGAGUUUUUUUUUGUUUGUUUUUUUUUUGUUCUUUUUAGCGGGAACACUUAGUGAGAGGCCCAAAGUUUUCUGUGUUUUCUCCUCUUAAAAAGCACUAAAAUGUUAAAAACCACAGGAAAAAAAAAUCCUUUGCCUUGCCAUCAUAGUUAUUUAUUAUUUCUGGACAAAUGUACACCUUUUAAUGUAAAUAGUUCUCAAAAAGAGUUCUAUGUCUAUCACCAAAUGUAUUUAUUAGAUAUCUUAAAUAUAUAGAUGAGUCUAUAAAAAAAAAAAAAAAUAUAUAUAUAUAUAUAUAUAAAUAUAUACUUGGUCAUAGCUUCUGUUAAUUUUUGUGAGUUUUAUGGAGAGUUUCCUACGACGUAGUUGUUUGCACAGCAAAGUCAAUCCUUAGAAAAGUCUCUUGUGCCUGGAGGCGUUUGUUGUCUGUUGAAUUUGGCUCAGUUUCAUCAUGAUUCGUUUUUGUUUUCUUUUUUUUUUAUUUCCUUGUGUUUAAAAGCCGUCCUGUCCGGUUAACGGUGUGGGGGACAGUGGAACAACAACAACAACAAAAUAAAACUCAAUAUAACUUUGGAAAAAUCUGGAUUAAAAAGUUCAGAAGCAAUGGAGAUGCACCAAUCAGGGUUCUCCUGGUCGAUUCUGGUUUACUGUGAGGUCUGACCUGCUGAUUUUGCUAAAUUUUUAUCUUCUUUUUUUUUUCUACAGAUUGUAACGCAAAGAAAAAAAAUGAAUUGAAGUAUUAGAGUUGGGUUAAACACAAAUUGAGAUCAUUAAAGAUUUUCCCCAUUUGUCCCUGACUGGAUGCUGGUCAUUAUGUUCACUAGGCAUUUUACCUUUGAAGAUUUGGUUGUUCUGUUCUGCAUUUUUAACAAAAUGGCGCCCUCCGACAUUGGUCUUUUUGUACCUGACGAGCGUCAGUCUGUACUUCCGUCGAAGCCAUUUUGAACGUUUUGUACCUGCAUUCAAUAAAUAUAUCGCAUGGCUCCUUUCUUCCUGUUUAGACCUUUGCAUUUUAAUUAACUUUACACUUUGUUUUUUUACCAAAUUGAAAAGUGAAGCUCUAAAUUUUCUCUAAAUUCAAUUAAUAAUUCAUAAUAGUCUUUCAUUUCUAACUCUUCAGACAUUUGGCCUAAAAACAUUAUUUGACACGGAAAGAUAUUUCAAAUGUUCAGAUAUUCCUAAAUUAUGAUUCUGAAUUCAUCGAUAUGAAAAACGUUGCUAAGUGCGCGGUGUAAACGUGGUGAAAGUGUCGGGAUGAAAUGGCGCACACACGAGGAUAAACUGGCUUGUUUACGGCGCAAAAUUAAAGUAUGAAGGGGUCAAAGGGCAUCGAUUUCAAAACGGUGGUACAAGUUGACCUGCAGCCUCAUAAGUUCAAAUGACUUUUAUUAAACUCAACAAAAGUGCAUGAAACCAUUACAAGUUAUUCCAUAUUUACACCAAAAAUAGUUGGAUUCCAUCCUCUAAUGGAUUCAGAUUGGAGGAAAAGUCGGCAGGUUCUGAUCUCCAGUGCAUUUCUACUGGUAGAAAUUUGGUGGCCAAAUUCUAGGAGGCGAUGAUCCAACAUCCCGUCCUCCCCCCUCCUGUCCCUCACCCAGAACUCCCAACAUGGCCGCACGGCUCUGAAUAGGGGCGUGCGAGGAGAGCCGGGGGGGGGUCACAAAUACCUUAAUGCACACAGACCGCAGAGGCGCAACGCUGAAGGAACUCCCCGCUUGCGCAUGCUCUACUUGUAAAGCUCAGCUAAAGCAUUGACAGCAUUAACACCAAUGACAGAAAAAAAACUCUCUAAAAUUUGAAAAACUUAGAUUAGAAUUGUUUGGUCUGUUCGUGUGGCAUGCUGCUUAUUUUUGUCAAGUUUAAAGUUUUUUUUGUUUGUUUUUUUUCCAACGGAGAGGAACCGUGAAACCGCUACUACACGAAAACGGACGUAAGAGGAGGGGCUAGCGGGCAGCUGUGUUUCACUGAAAUGCCAUGUGUGUUGGGGUGUGUGUGUGUGUGUGUAUUUGUCACUGUCUUCAGAGAGAAUUUCAUUUUUGGGGUGGCACAGGAUGGGCAGCCAAGAAAUGCCGUCUGGCUAUUUUUCUGUUUCCCGUUUACGACUAGAACUGCCCCCACCUUCACUUCCAGUCCACCUGUGAGUUUUCUGGACUCGCCCAUUCAUUUCCCAGCUACCGUGUGUGAGCACGACGCCCUCCAUGUCGGCUCGUGCCUGGUCGCAGCCCACGCCCCUCAAAUCGACCCCCCUCCUCCGGUGCUGUCAGCGUCCGGCUUAAGAAGCCGGUGUUGAAUCUCUCGAAGAACAAGCCUACAGUCAGACCAGUCGUUUAAGCUUCGACGGAGUCUCUGUACCUCCAUCCAAGAUGGCUAACCAUGCCUUAAGACGGUGACAAAAGUACGACCCGACAUGAGUAAACCCACGCGCAAGCGCCUAUGUUAUACAGAAAUGGUCAUUCCUUUCCUCCGUGGCGCUCUUUCACACAGAAAACACACACCGUGUCGUCGCUCCAUGAACAUGGGCCCCGACCCACUCCCUCCUCUCCGCCGCCUUUCUCUUCAGGAAGGUCCGCUUUCUGUUUCCUGAGUGGUAGGAUGGGGUUUUUUUUCUGCUCAUACUUUUUAAAAAUUGUGGAAUCUGAGCAUUGUCUUCUAAACAAAUCACUACGUUGGGUCAAGGGACGCCCUCUGACAAUGAAUUGUGGAGCAGCAGUUGUGAUAAUAAAGAAUAAACUAUUUGAAACCCUUGUUUACCCA